GGCCGGGCCGGGCCGGGCCGGAAGGAGGCGCGCAUUUGAAGGCCACGGCGGCGGGAAGGGGCGGUGGUGGAGCGGGGCAGGGAAACUGGCAGAAAAUGUCGCCUGGAAAAGUUCUGCAACCUGCAGUGAAAAUGAAGGUGGAUGAACUCUUUUUGUGCUGGUUCAGUCAGCCUGCAACUCAACUAACACUAAAGGGCUUCUUGAGAAAAAUCAGGAAUAAGGAAAAAUCAGAGUUUGGUAACACAGACUCAGGAAACAGUAAGAAUGAGAGCUUCACCAGUAAAAAUUCCAAUUCCAAGCACUGCAUAUUAGGAGAUACCAGAUUGCCUUUGAUGUCCUUGAGUCCUCCUCAGCCUUCUCCUACUCUUCCAUUGGCAACUCCAGCUAGCUCAAGGAACAUUUCUAAUGUUAGAGCAACACGUCGAUCCUCAGGGACCAAAGAAGUUCAAACAAAGAAGGAAGAGAAUGUGCCACCACCACAUAGUCAAAACAUUCCAACUUUUUAUUUUCCUCGAGGAUGUCCUAAGGAAAAAGUAAAUAUAGAUGCUGUGAUUGCCAAAAUUGAGAAAACUUUUUCUGAAUUUCCAAAUGAGAGGGCAACAUUAGAAGACAUGGGUAAGGUUGCAAAGGCUUGUGAAUGCCCACUGUACUGGAAAGGUCCUUUGUUUUAUUGUGCUGGAGGUGAACGAACAGGAUACGUGUCAGUUCAUAAAUUUGUUGCAAUGUGGCGGAAAGUACUUCAGACCUGCUAUGAUGAUGCUGCAAAGUUUGUUCAUCUUCUGAUGAACCCUGGAUGUAACUACUUGGUGCAAGAAGACUUCAUUCCUUUUUUACAAGAUGUGGUGAAUAGUCAUCCAGGCCUUUCAUUUUUAAAAGAAGCAUCUGAAUUCCAUUCUCGGUAUAUUACAACAGUCAUACAGAGAAUAUUUUAUACAGUAAAUAGGUCCUGGUCUGGGAAAAUAACUUGUAACGAGCUCAGGAAAAGCAACUUUUUGCAGAAUGUGGCAUUAUUGGAAGAGGAAGCUGAUAUUAACCAGCUGACAGAGUACUUCUCAUAUGAACAUUUUUAUGUUAUCUAUUGCAAAUUUUGGGAGCUGGACACAGACCAUGACCUCUAUAUUGAUCGGAAGGAUUUAGCUCGACAUAAUGAUUAUGCAAUUUCAAAUAGGAUGAUAGAGCGCAUCUUCUCAGGAGCAGUAACAAGAGGUAGAAAAGCACAAAAAGAUGGGAAGAUUAGCUACGCUGAUUUUGUCUGGUUUUUGAUAUCUGAAGAGGACAAGAAAACACCAACUAGCAUUGAAUACUGGUUCCGCUGCAUGGAUCUUGAUGGGGAUGGUGCUUUGUCUAUGUAUGAAUUGGAAUAUUUUUAUGAAGAACAGUGCCAAAAAUUAGAAAACAUGGCCAUAGAACCUUUGCCUUUUGAAGACUGUCUGUGCCAGAUGCUGGACCUUGUAAAGCCACAACAUGAAGGAAAAAUUACUCUGCAUGAUUUAAAGCGAUGUAAGCUGACAAAUGUGUUCUUUGAUACUUUUUUCAACAUUGAAAAAUACCUUGACCAUGAACAGAAGGAUCAGUUUUCUAUGUUGCGGGAUGCUGAAGGUGAAAGUCAAGAGGUCUCUGACUGGGAGAAAUAUGCUGCUGAAGAGUAUGAUAUCUUGGUAGCAGAAGAGGCAGCAAAUGACCAGUGGAACGAUGGGUAUGAAGCAGAGCUGAAUCCUGUAGACCAUCAGAAGGCCAGUGUUCUAAAAUAUCAAAUGGAGAAAAGACCAUUCUUUGAAAUGCCUUCCCAUCUGGCUGAUGUAGACUUGGAUGAAUAUGACUAUGAUGAGGAUUUUGAAUAGAGGUUACUUAUGGUCAGCACUUGCAGAAGAGAAGGGACAGUCUGCAGCAGGUCUGCUACACACUGAUAGGUUUCAGUGGGGUUUCUUUCCCCACUGAAACAUAUCAUUGGGGAAAGAAACACUUUCUUUAGUUUUGUGCUAAAAAUAUCUAAUCACUACACUACCUUUUAAGUAAAGAAGUGCAUUUAUAUGGAAUGAUGAGAUUUUUGUAUUUAUUCAAUAGUUUAUUGUUUGUAAAAUAGAUUAAAAUAUUUAUUUUCAGAUGUUGCAUAAUUCUUUUUUGGAAGAAUAACAAUAUUUGACUGAAGAGAAAAGUAAUCUACUGUUUUUAUGAGAACUGUAUAAUUCUCUUUAAGCUGAUGUGUGGUGCACUGACCAUCUCCCUCUCACCUGUGAUGAACAGGUAUUUCUGUCCUGGUUUGGGAGGUAAGGAGACAAUUUACACCUGCAGUGUGCUCAUGCUCAUAGACAGCCAUCUUUUAGGUUUUAUGCCUUGGCAAGGAAGAGACGUGACAAUGAGUGCACAGUUCAGCACUCAUUUACAAGCAGAGUUUUGUCUGACAAGCUGUGCAUAUUAGUAGAAUACACUAAAGUGAACACCCAAGACAAGUUGUUUUUCUUUUCUGUGUAGUCUUUUUUUGCCCCAACUUUAAUUUUGCCCAUUUAAACUUUUUUUUGUUGAUGUUAAUCAUAAAAUGAUUAUUUAACAGUGAAGUCUGAGUGUUCAUACUUGAUCCAAAAUGGGUGUGUUAAUUCAUGCAGAAGGAACCAAUUUUUUUUUUAAUCCUUUGUAUAAAUGUUACUUGAUCAGUGAUGUGCACUAAUUUGUUGUGGGCAUUCAAUGCUUUUGUCUGUCCUUCCCUUUGCUUGUUUGCUAUUGACACAUUCCAUGGAUAUUCAUCAGUGUCACAGCAGCUUGAAAUUGUUGCGUCACUCUUAACUGUUAAACAGGUUUUGUUGGGAAAAAAAAUGUACAAAAAGAUGUAAGUUAUUUUUUUGGUUGCAGUGUAGAUCUUUUAAAAUGUUUAGAAAACAUGUUUGUAUUUUCAAGUAAAGAUUUUCAUACAUGUAA